AUAUCUGUGCAAAUGAGUUUAAUUCAGGAAAAAAUAGGUCUCCUCUCACUGCACAGAGGGAAGUCAUUGUAUAUUUUAAAUUGCAGUGGUCAGAAAUUACUUCCUGUAGCGGCCUCUAUUACUGCAGAACUGAUAAUUUGUAUGUGAAGUGUUAUCCAUAAUUUUCAUCAGUUUGUGCAACAACCUUCUCUCCACAAUGAACUGGAGAGGCUCCAGGGCAGUUCCCAGCACAGAGCCAGCCCUCUUAAUCAGCUUGUUCAUCUUCUUAGGGUCACUGGCUCUGAUGCUACUGCCUCAACAGAUGGCUUCAAAGAAAACUGUCCUUGCAGCAACAGACUGGUGGUUCAGACAGCACGAGUACAUCGAGAAACUUAACAUGCAGGCGAUACUGAAUGCUUCUGCCAUGCAUGAGGAGUUCGUCAAGGAGCUCCUGGUAUCUUAUGGAAAGAUACCUGUUCUGGUCCAUGAAAUGAUCCUUGUUGAAGUCUGGAAGCAAAAAGUGUUCCCUAUCUUAUGUCAGCUGCAGGACUUCAAACCCAAGAACACGUUUCAUCUUUACAUGGUGAUCCACCACGAAGCCACGAUCAUAAACCUACUUGAAACGAUCAUGUUUCAUAAGGAUUCAUGUGAGGCAGCUGAUGACUCUGUUCUUGACUUGGUGGAUUACUGCCACCGCAAACUCACCCUGCUGGCUAGCAAAGCGACCAGGGAGGGCGUGACCACUCAUGACCAACACAAACUGACAGGGAAAGCAGUCCCAUCCUCUAUAGAGGAGUUGCAGACACAGAGCGCUGCAGUGGAGUUUGAAAUCACCCUGAAGGCUUCAUCUGUGCUGCGCUACAUCACAGAUCACACCGAGAGCAUCAGUGUUAUCAGUCGCAUGCUGUGCACCCAUAACAUGCCUUGCGUACUGGUUCAGCUGAUUGACUGCUGCCCUUGGAGUCGCCGUAGAGAAGGUGAGGUAGAAAAGUACAUAAAUGGCAGGUGGCAGAAGAUCCCUGUUGAGGACCACUUGAAGAUGACAAAACUAGAUGGUCAGGUCUGGAUUUCCCUUUACAAUCUGCUGCUGAAGGAAGACUGCCAACGGAAAUAUGACUUCAACAGUUUCAACAAGAAUCAACUCCUAAAGCUCCGAGGUUUCUUGACAGAGGUGUUGAUUGAUCAGAUGCCUAACCUGAUGGAACUGCAGCGUUUCCUGGCUCACCUUGCUGUCACAGACCCUGCCCCACCUAAGAAAGAACUCAUUUUGGAACAGAUACCAGAAAUUUGGGACCACAUUGUGAGGGAGAAUUCUGGGAAGUGGAAGGCAAUAACAAAGUAUCAAGUCAAAGAAACUUUCAACCCAUCUGAAAGUGACCUGAGGCUCCAGGCACAGAGGUUAGCCCAGACGUACAACUUGGAUGUGAUGGAGAGUUUACUCCCAGAGAAGCCAAAGUGUGGAUCAUGUGGGAAAGAGGCUACAAAGAGAUGCUCUCGAUGUCAGGGAGAAUGGUACUGUCACAGAGAAUGUCAGGUGAAACACUGGCCUAAACACAAGAAAACCUGCCAGCUCAUGACUGAGGCCACAGAGAAGAUCCAGAGGGACCUGCACAUCAGCAGCUAAGACAGAGAGAGAGAGGCUGUUGAAGCACAUGACCUGUGACAGAUGAGAUUCUUGAAUCACAAUAUGGGAGGAGAACAGAUCUGCAUGUGGUCGAGGCAUUUAGGAUUCCUUUAUAUUUUAAAUAGGGAUUCCUCUUUAUUUUAAUGCUGAAAAUAUAUAUAUAUAUAUAUAUAUUUCCCAUUACAGAAUUUUGUUGGUUCUCACUGUAAUUUGUUUGUUCCCAUGAUGUCCAUUUGGCACACUGUUUUAACCAAUUAUUUGCUUCUUUGAUGAAAGCUUGGGGGAGUUAUACUUCUUUAACUUUGGUAUUUGACACACUGGAGAUGCAUUUAACUUCAUUACACCCAUCAGCAAAUAAAAAUGCUUUAACUCCC